GCAUUUCCUCCAGUCCGCUUGCUCUUCCCAUCUUGCCGGCCCUAGACACCUGUUUGACCCGCUCGCUUGAAGUCCCGGGGAGCACGCAGCCUCGCGGGGCGUGAGCCCUGCCCGCCGGGCGAGCAGCGGCCCCGGAGGGGCGGGGCUGGGCGGGGCAAGCCCCGCGGCCCGAGUGAGCGCGCCUCUGGCUGCAGGCAGGCCGGGUCUCCUGGCGGUCUGUGUAUCCUGCCAUUCAUCCGGUUGUCGCAGGCCAUGGCGAAACUGCUGGUGCUCCUCCUCCUGCAUCUGGGAAUACAACUCUUCAGGGAUCACCGGUCUUCUUACCAAACACGAAUGAAUGCUUUCCGAGAAGUAGAACCAGUAAACCUUCCUAACUGCAAUUUAAUUAAAGGAAUAGAAGCUGGCUCUGAAGACUUGGAGAUACUUCCUAAUGGACUAGCUUUCAUUAGCUCUGGAUUAAAAUAUCCUGGAAUAAAGAGCUUUGAACCUGAUAAGCCUGGAAAAAUACUUCUGAUGGACCUGAAUGAAGAAAAUCCAACAGUGUUAGAAUUGAGGAUCACUGGAAGCACAUUUGAUUUGUCUUCAUUUAACCCUCAUGGGCUUAGCACAUUCAUAGAUGAAGAUAAUACUGUGUACCUGCUAGUAGUGAACCAUCCAGAUGUUAAGUCCACAGUUGAAUUGCUUAAAUUUCAAGAAGACGAAAAAUCACUUUUGCAUCUGAAAACCAUCAGACAUGAACUUCUGCCUAAUUUGAAUGAUAUUGUUGCUCUAGGACCUGAGCAAUUUUAUGCCACAAAUGACCACUAUUUUGUUGACACUUACUUGAGAUCCUGGGAGUUAUAUUUGGGCUUAGCAUGGUCAAACGUUGUUUACUAUACUCCAAAUGAAGUUCGAGUGGUGGCAGAUGGAUUUGAUCUUGCUAAUGGAAUCAACAUUUCACCUGAUGGCAAGUAUGUCUAUAUAGCUGAAUUGAUGGCUCAUAAGAUUCAUGUAUAUGAAAAACAUGCUAAUUGGACUUUAACUCCAUUGAAGGUUGACGGAAGAGAUAGGAAAUAGCCUCCAGUUGUAUUUCACAUGAUGGUGCUCUGAACAAUACUCAAGAAGCUCAAGGACUCACAGGGGCCACUGCACCCCGGCAACUCAACUCCACACUUCACUGCCUGUGCCAUCAGCCCCUGCCACCUGCCCAGCCUCCCCUGCCCGCAUGUUCCUGGAGGCGUGGCCUUGCCUCAGAUGGGGCUCUUGUUCCUCUGAUCAGGAGAUCUUCCUCCAGCUUCCAUGGCUCUCUCCUUCAUAUCCUUCUGGAUUCUAAUAUCACCUCAGUGAGGCCUUCCUUGGCUACCAAAUGAAAACUUUCAACUCUUCUCUCCUUUCCACACACAGUUAGUUUGCAACCUAAUGUGCAGUUAGAUGCAAAAUCUGAGACAGGCCCCAUACACAGAGGGCAAGGAGAGACAAAAAAAAGAGGCAGGCCAUUCCAGAUGGGCAGGUGCCAGCUUUAAUAAGCAAGAGAACUUACACUGAGGCCUGUCUUGGGCAGCUGCAAGAUGAGUAGAUCUCUCCACCUACCUAAAAAAUCUUAAAAGUUUAUACAGAGCCCUUAACUGGGUUCAGUCACUAUACUGUCCAGAUGGUCUUAGCAACACAUGGCUCUUUCAAGGCUACGUCAUUGGACCAGCUCCCACUUUGGGAAUGGAGGACAGAAUGUUCAUCCCAAGGACAGGGGAUGGUGUUAGGAGCCUUGGAUUGUCUGGGUCCAGCUUGAUGAUCAGGCAGCAGUCAUAUCACAUUUUCUUGAUUAUCUCCUACAACACACACACAUACACACACACACACACACACACACACACACACACACUUCUGUCUCCUUUAUGGCUUUAUAUUCCCUUUAGCAUUUGUUACUAACAUACUAUAUAUUUUAUUUAUCAUCUCUGUUGUGUGCCUUUCCCACUAGGAUGUAAGCUCCACAGUGACAGAUUGUUUUCUACUUGCUCCUGGGAGAGUUCCCAACACCUAGUAGUCACUCAACAAAUACUAAAUUAAUAUGACAGUGCUGGGUAUGCUAGGAGAGCAUCCUCCAGCCCCACGAAUUCUAAUCUUGUCUAAAGGUUGGGUCCAAAGAUGUAAAAACACAGAGGAGAGGAAAGAGAAUGAGCAAAGUGGAGCAUUAUGGAAGUAGUUCCCUGCCCCUGAAAAACAAGACAUUGCUCGCCUGCCAUGUUCACCCACAGCACGAAGUGCUGUCACUUCCCAUCAGCACAUCUAAGGCCCUGUCAUGAGGGGCUUCCUUCUGAGAAAAUUACCUCACAGCAACAUCAAAUGUAACAUCAAGUUUGACAUUAAAAAUCAUUGGCAUGGCUAGUUUUGGUAUUAGCUGAAGUAAAAUGGAAUCUCACACAUUCAUACUGGCUGAGGGAAUAAAAACAAUCUGUGGUUAUAAAAAUAGGCACUUUUCUGAAAAUUGAAAGUUAAAGAAUCUUAUAAGAAUAGAACCCAAUCCAAUAUACUUUCAACACAGAAUGAUAAUGGUGCUGCUCCUACCCGGCAAGGUCAGGGGCAAGGGUUAUUUCAGGUUUGGCUUCCACCUUGGGCAAUAGGUCAUGCCCAUCUCCUGACAUAACUCAUUGAGAUGAUGCCCAUUGAGAUGAUGUCCUUCUUUUGAAGGAUCACAUUAAUUAAGACCAGUUAAUUAAUUCCUGGUAUGCCAAGAAAUUUGAUAAACUAGCUGAGACUGAUCUUAGAAUUUGUGAUGAGAUGUGGAUGGGCUUGUGUCCUAUCUAAGUGUGGAAUAUCCAUGUCAUGGAAUAUUAUUCAGUCCUAAAAAGGAAUGAAGUACUGAUACAUGCUACAACAUGGAUGAACCUUGGAGACAUUAUGCUAAGUGAAAUGAGCUAGACACAGAAGAGCACAUACUGUAUGA